UUCUUGUCAGCUUGUGCUGGAGGGACUUGACCGUGGCUCACCACAGUUGCAGAUGCCGAAUUACCAUUCUUUGCUGAUUCUGAGUAAAUCCACUUUUACCUGAGAAGUAACCGGCAGUCUGUUAAAGGUCAACAUUUUGGGGGCCCAUACAGGGAUCCAGAGGAGACUCCCAACGACUUUGAGGUUGGUGUGCAGACAGGUUGUAAUAACCUUAACCCUGUGACUCCUCUCUCCUCCAUCAUCAGUGAAGUCCCUCACAACUGCUUAACACUGAUGGAUCACCUCCUGAUGCCUCCUGAUGAUCUGAAGGAAGAUCAUUUGGAACUAAGCUGAAUCAUGUUCCGGAUACUGACCUCCUGCUGGCCUCGUGUAAAGGCAACUGAAGAGACACUAAGGAAUGUGACCAUCAUUAUCAUUGGACUGGACAACUCAGGCAAAACUGUUCUUGUGAAGGCGUUCCAGAGACUACUCCCCAGUAGUACGGGCAGUUGUACGCAACCUGAACUGACCACACUCCUGCUGGAUGAUUAUGAAGUUUCCAUCUACGACCUGAAUGGAGACAGGAAAGGCCGAGAAAUCUGGCCAAACUACUACGCGCAGGCACAUGGACUUGUUUUUGUCCUGGAUUCCAGUGACAUGAGGCGCAUGCAGGAAGUGAAGGUCAUCUUACCAGGCCUGCUGUCUGAUGAAAGAGUGGCCGGGAAACCCAUCCUAUUCCUGGCCAACAAGCAAGACAAGAAGGAUGCCUUGCUACUUACUGAUAUUACUGAAUAUCUGCUGCUGGAAAGGCUAACAAACAAGAACCAGCACCUGUGCCGAGUGGAGCCCUGUUCAGUCAUCAGAAACCUCCAAAGAAGGAACCAUGAGCCUAUAAUUGGAGGCCUGCGCUGGCUGUUAUCUGCCAUUGGGGAUAAAAAUGAAGAGCUGUGUGCUUACCAACAGCCACUCCCAUCAAGCAUCCCAACCUCCAAGAGCACCAGAGGCUUUGGCUUCACUACCAGGAUGGGAAAGUCCAAAGAAAAAAGACAGCACCUAGGACAACACUCCGUGGAACCUAGGCCUCUAAAGCCAAUCCUACAGAAAGAAGGUAUAAGAACAAGACCUAAAAAGAACACAUCAGUAACAUUUGCUUUAGACAAACCCAAGGAGGAAGGUGAAUGUUAUGGGGGAAAUGGAGCUCAUAACACCACUGAGCUUUGCUACAAUCAGAGCCCCAGCUCCAUAUGCCGAGGAAAUCUUUUUGAAGACUUUUAAAAGAACACUAAAGAGGAAAAUGAAGGGAAGUCAAAAGAAACAUCUCAUAUCCCUCCUUUAGUAAAUGCGUUCAUCUACAGAACCAUCAGGAUUAUUCAGUUUUUCAAUUUCUGUUUGUUAGUACCUCUACAGCCCCCCUACAACUCCACCUACUCUAACAUAAUAUCCCUGAGAACUCCCAUUGUGCCUGUACGUCGACAUUCGAGCCAUCAAAUGAAUCUUAUCCCCACCGAGAGGCUCGAGAACAGUUAGGGGGCAUCCGUUUGAGAGUGAAGACAACGUUGGCAAAGAAGAUCAGAGCCUUGAUGUCUUUGUACCCAGAUGCUCCCUGUGAAGUUUGUGAGCAACAUGUUGUGGGUGACC